GUAUAAUCUAGUAGACGGAACGCUUCUUUAAACAGCAGCAACAGUUCGUCACCUCGGUAGCUUGCUAUACAAAAUAGCCGAACCAAUAAAGCUCUUUAGACGCUUUAGUGUAUAUUAGCCACGGUGUUUUAAACCCACUUCUGUCCUCUAGUUAGUUAUCCGAUUUAAUUUCAUAUUUACGGUGUUGUAGUUAUUAGUCAGCUAGCGGGCUGGUUAAAUUAGAAUUAGCCUAGCUAGCUAACAUCCCCGACCAUGCGGUCACUAAGCUACUCUCCUUCUAAAGAAGAGGUGGGUAUCACAGUAAAACAAGAAGUAGAGGGUGAGGCCGUUACUGUGAAAGAAGAGGAAGACACGUUCAGAGUGAAAGAGGAGGAGGAUGUUACAGUAAAAGAAGAGGAGGAAGCGUUUUAUGGAUUGAAAGAGGAGGAGGGGGAGAUGACUGUCACAUCCACAAAGGCCGAGGAAGAGGAGAAGGAACCUGGAUAUCUGGGCCCGGUUUCCCAAACGCAUCUUAAGGUGUCAGAUGGUUCUAACGGUGAAUUUAGCCAAAAGAUGGUAUUGAGAAACCGUUCCAUGAUUAACACUAGAGAGAGACGGGACUAUCGUGGAUCCUCUGGGGAGCCUCAACAACCUCAUGAUGCUGACGAGGCAGAGAAAAGUAUCUCCAGAUCAGAACACCUCAAGAAACACCUGCAGAGACCCUCAUGGAAGAGAACCCACUGCUGCUCUGACUGUGGGAAACAUUUCAAAUUUUCGUAUGAACUUAAAAUACACCAGAGAACACACACAGAAGAGAAAUCUUAUAGUUGUGCUCAAUGUGGGAAGAGUUUUACUACAUCUUGCAAGCGGACUAGACACCAGAGAACACACACAGGAGAGAAACCGUAUAGCUGUACUCAAUGUGGGAAGAGUUUUUCUCAGUCAACCACCCUGAUAUCACACCAGAGAACACACACAGGAGAGAAACCUUAUAGCUGUGCUCAAUGUGGGAAGAGUUUUUCUCAGUCAACCACCCUGAUAUCACACCAGAGAACACACACAGGAGAGAAACCUUAUAGCUGUGUUCAAUGUGGGAAGAGUUUUUCUACAUCUUGCAAGCUGACUAGACACCAGAGAACACACACAGGAGAGAAACCAUAUAGCUGUACUCAAUGUGGGAAUAGUUUUUCUCAGUCAACCACCCUGAUAGCACACCAGAGAACACACACAGGAGAGAGACCUUAUAGCUGUGCUCAAUGUGGGAAGAGUUUUACUACAUCUAGCAACUGGUAUAGACACCAGAGAACACACACCAGAGAGAAAUCUUAUAGCUGUACUGAAUGUGGGAAGAGUUUUGCUGCAUCUAGCAACUGGUAUAGACACCAGAGAACACACACAGGAGAGAAACCGUAUAGCUGUACUCAACGUGGGAAGAGGUUUUCUCAGUCAACCAGCCUGAUAUCACACCAGAGAACACACACAGGAGAAAAAUCGUAUAGCUGUGCUCAAUGUGGGAAGAGUUUUGUUACAUCUUGCAGUCUGACUAAACACCAGAGAACACACACAGGAGAGAAAUCUUAUAGCUGUACUGAAUGUGGGAAGAGUUUUACUCAGUCAACCAGCCUUAUAUCACACCAGAGAAAACACACACAGGAGAGAAAUCUCAUAGCAUUGCUCAAUGUGGGAAGAGUUUUGUUACGUCUAGCAAGCGGACUACACAACAUAUAACACACACAGGAGAGAAUUCUCAGCUGUGAUCAGUGUUUGUCCUUGAUAAAAUACCUCUGAUCAAACAUCAGAAAAUACAUGAAGGAGUUGUUUCAUGAUAUCAAUGAAUUAAUGUCACAAUGUAGAACGUUUCAACAUUGUAGUAGGAGUAUUUUAGUCAUGUCACGAUGUCGAACCCUAAACAUUUGCCCCUUUUCUAUUGAUUUGAACUUGAUAGGGAUGUUAGCUUCACGGAAAAUUCAGGCUCUGAAUUGAAAGAGUACUAUUUAUGUGAUUUAACAAAAAUUGACAAGUUGUGUUACACUUACCACGUUGGUGACCCACUUGAGUAAAAAAUGCGACACUUCAAAAUGUAGCUAGCUGUUUUCUACAAAUUGUCCUCUAACCAGGGAUGUACACAUUACUCCCAGAUUCUGUGUGGUUUUUGAGCUGUUAGUUUUAACAGGACGUGUAACCUCAUCUCCCUCCUCUCAGCACAAUUGAUUUCAACAUGAUAUUGAUGAGUGAUGACAAAUAAGUGUUGUUCCCUUGUUUAGCGACCCCUACAUUUAAAUGCAUCACUCCAAAAUGUAGCUGACUGUCUUCUGCAGGUUGUCCUCUAAUCCGUGAGGUAAAAGAUAUCUCCCAUCUCCAUGUGUUUUUUUUUAGUUGUGUUAGUUUCAACAGCACGAACAACCUGAUUUCCCCCCUAAUUGAUAUCAGUGAUUUAUUGCUACUUGUCAAAACAACAGUGUUUCUGGUGCUUGUGCAGUUUAUAAGGAGUUUGUUUUAAAAAAUACAAGUAAUAUGAUUAUUGUGGCAGAUGUUUGUGUAUAUAGCCCAUUUUAUGUUUAGGUUUUCAAUUUAUCACAAACUGUUUCUGCAUAUUGGUUAUUGAUUUAGACAAGUUAAAACUGUGUUUUAACAUUGGGGCUAUCCCACCUAGCAAAAUGUCAUUGAAAAGACGUUGAAAAUAAGACUAUGCAACCAAAUAUUUCAUAUUCACAAUUCAUGUAACAUUUAGUAAUCAUAAUUAUUUAUGUAACCAACUGACAUUUUUUUGGGCUACAAUUAUAUUGACAUUGUUUCCCUGCUUUUAGAAUAUCAUGGUUCAUUCUCAGAUGUGCAAACCCAAAUGUACUAGAUUGUGACAUUGGGGACUGGGCCCCAAUCCAACAACAUGCCUUUCUAGUGAACCCUGAAAAGAGAGAGAAGCUCCGCCGUGGGUUGGGAAGUUACUACGGCUAUUGCAUGACUUUCCUCUUGAAAUCAGACAUGUCCUUGGUAACGACAACUUGGUUGUUGAUUGUCUCAAGGGUGGGCAGUCAAAAGUGUUGUGUUUUGCUCUUAGCCAGUGAGUUGCCAUGGAUCACAAUUGAUUUUGACUGCACGUUUUUCCGUAUUGGAAAUUAUUUUAGUUUGGGCUCGUUCCAAGGGGUGAGAGUUCUAGAAGCUAGUGAGUUUUCGGAAGACGAGAGUUCUAGAAGCUAGUGGGGAAAAAAACAUUUUUUUCUUGUUUUUAAUUGUUGAUAGCCAGUAGACACCAUGUUUAUAUUGGUGAAGGUGAAGCAUUGUAGUUGAUUAUAAUGUGUAAUUGAAAUUGUUUUAUGUUGGUGGUAAGCAUUCUCUUAUUAAGGGGGAAGGUGUUAGUCUUUAGUUUUUCCAUUUAUGUUUUGAGGUUGGACUUUUGCCCGUAGAGCUCGUUAGCACGUAGGUUGCACCGAUUGGGGUCACCUCGUUAGUCAGUAUGUCUUACACCUGUGCUGGCUUGACCAUCUCGUUAGUGGGAAGGUGUUUCACCUGAGCUGGUCCAGGUUCUAUUUAAGAGUGCUCCAGUUGUCUUGAUAGAUGUGGAGAGUCAACACCUUUAGUUGCGCUACCUAUUUGGUUUGCGUCCCUUUUUUUAUUUUAUUAUUAUUAUUAUUUUUUACAUUUGUUGUGGGUUUUUCUUUUGUUUGCCUCUUCUUGGGCUGAUUUAGUGGGUCUCAUGGUGGGUGUCUUUUUGGUCCCAGUUGUUGUUACUAGUCAACUUUCAGUGGACACUGAGAGCAAAACUGCAACAUUGUUAUAAUACUUUUAUUGCAUCAAAUGGUUGUUUUAUGCAACAAAUAGAGGGUUCUUGUAACGAAUAGAGGGUUCUUGUAACUAUAGUGUCUGUGUUCUAAACAAUGACAGGAGAUUUACAAUGUCUUUUGGGUGAUAAAACCUAAAGAGACCGCAUUCCAGAGCAUGAGUUAAUGUUUCUGUUCUAUAUGGUACCAGGGAGAGAUGACCCCAGGGCCAGACACUGGUCUUUACACAAAGAGUACUGUUUUUACAUCGGAUACUUGUAAUUCUCAGCAGACAGUAUCUUUCAUACACAUCUUAACCUUGUGACCCAUUCUAUACAUCUGUUGUUUGUCAUGCAGGUUGAAAGGGGUGCAUCUUGGCUAUAAAAGACCUUUGUACUUUUGUAUCUGGGCUCUCAACGAAUCAUCUGGGGGUGAUACGUCGACCAGCCAUCAUUAUCGUAGACCACUCAAUUGAUUAACUUCAUAUGUGUACGUUGUCUUGACCUGCUCCCUUAUUAUUAAGUGAAUAAAGAUUUAGUUCAAGUAUAA